AUGUUUCCUGCACCUAUGCAACCUGCUUUGCUCUUGUUACAACACAUCGUACCCUUUGUCGGGUAUACUGGCACGCUCGUUACGUGGAGUUGUAGUGCGAUUAAGAGCUAUGAUGUUGGUUACGGUGUCAUUCUAUCCGCUACUUGGAUCCUCCCCGUCGCUCUGAUCCCAGGAACGUGGCAAGCGUAUGAUUUCCCUGGAUCCACUAAUCCGCCUGGUAACUGGCGCGACGCCAUCUCAAUCCUCGAUUCCCAAUACACCUGUCACGUAACCAUCGACUGGUACUCCUACCCAACCUCUGCUGGGACCGGUCGACCUAACCACUAA